AUGGCUCUUUUGAGAUAUCUGAAACCAACAGAUGGACUUCCAGACCCAAAAGAUUCUCUAUCAUCUUCCAUGCAGCCACAGGCAAAUGCUCAGGAAGACACACCCACUGCCUAUGAAAUCCUACUGAACUCCCUUCCUACACAGUCUAAAGAAAUUAGAGACCAAGGGUUGACUCGUCCUAAAGUUCUCAUUCUAGUUCCAUUUCGAAGUUCAGUUCUGAAAAUUGUCAAGACACUGAUUGAUGUACUUAUAAAACCUGGAAAGGGUGAAGUAGCAAAUCGUAAAAAGUUUUUUCAACAAUUUGAGGAAGGGGAAGAGAGCACUCCACCAAGCUAUAAACCAAGUAUUAGAAGUCUUUCAAAUGCUUCUAAUCUAUCUACCUCUCUAGAUUCUUAUCUUCAUCUAUUUUCUGGUAAUACUGAUGAUUGUUUCAAGAUGGGCAUGGCCAUUAAAAAGAAUAGACUCAAACUUUAUAACCUUUAUUCCAGUGACAUUAUCAUAGCAUCUCCUGGUCUAAGAACAAUUAUAGGAGGAGAAGGAGAUAAGAAACGAGAGUAUGACUUCCUCUCCUCUAUAGAAAUGGUUAUUGUUGAUCAAAUUGAUGUGCUUCUAAUGCAAAAUUGGGAUCAUGUUCUGCACUUGUUUAAUCAUCUUCAUUUAAAACCUAUAGACAGUCAUGGUGUGGAUUUCUCAAGAGUAAGAGAAUGGUCGUUAAAUUGUUGGGGUAAACACUAUUGUCAGACUCUUGUCUUCUCUGCAUUUCAAACUCCUGAAAUUAAUUCCUUAAUCACCACUUACUGCCACAGUAUCCUUAUAAUGUAUACUAAAUCUGAUAGCGUCUCAAGAGCUAGAUCUUUUUUUGCUGACGGACGCAAAAAAUUUCUUCUAAUAACAGAACGUCUCCACUUUUUUCGACGAUAUCGGUUCCGAGGGAUUCAUCACUUAGUAUUUUAUGCUCCACCCACAUAUUCAGAAUUUUAUUCAGAGCUUGUGAAUCAAAUGGAAACAAAAGACGAGGGUAAAUUCAGCAAUGCGAAGGUCAGUAGCUCCAAAGGGUAG